UUGUUUUUCAGAUGUGAACUAUGUAAAAAGAAUUAAUUUCGGCUUUAAUGGCCUCAAGUGUUCCUGUAGCAGGGGCGGAAGGUGGAAAAGGGGAAGGAAUGGGGGCCGGAGGUAAAGGAGAAGGUGUUCGGGGUGGUGGGGACGGAGUGAAGGCUGAUAUUGAUACAUCAGAGGGAGUGAAUAUGGAAGGAGGGAAGAGUGACGUGCUGGAAGGGGGUCGGAUAGAUGUAUCAGGAGGAGGAGGAGGAGGACUAGGUGUUGUCAGAAUGGAUGAUUGUGGGUAUGUACAGGGGGUAGUGAUGGGAAAGGGAGGAGAAGUAGAAUUCUCCGCCCAGGACGGAGACGAUAUUCCGGCUCGUAAAAAGACGACGAGCUUUAAGAUUACGAACGUAUUUCUCUCUCGACCCCCAAGCAACGACGGUGACGAGAGCGCCGAAGAUUUGGACGAUAUGGACGAUUCGCACACAGAGGAGCUGUCGGAUAUAGCGGACAGUUUAUCUAGUCAACUAGAGAAUGUAGCGGCUGGAAACCAGGCCGUUAAUGGGCUUCCUCAGGUUUGGGAAGGAGAGUAUUGUCAUCCCGGGUUUGGGUUUGUGACCUACAACCAGGUGACUGGGUUUCCGGUCAGCUAUGUGGAUAAUACGACAGGCCAACUGCCCAUAGCUGGGACGAUGGCCGUUAUCGUCAACAAUAGUGCAGAAAAAGGAACUGGAGUCAGUGAAGUUCCAGUUACUGGGCAACCUAGCCAACAAGAUUUCAGAAAUAGAUUUAAAAUUGUUAAAGUUGAAACGACAGAACCGCUAAAACGUGGUCGAUGGACGUGUUUUGAUUUCGUGGAUAAACCUGCGGCCAAGGAAAAAACUACGGAAAGUGAAAAAUCAGCAAAAACCGGUGCCUCGAGUACCCGAACGGUAACUGCGGCUGGGCGUGAUAGGCCUGGUACAACGAGCCCGAACCCGCGAACCCUGGAAGCCAACAGCUUCUCCUCCUCCGUCUCCGAGGAGAGGGAGAUGGAGGGGGGUAAACAGGCCCAGCGUCGAGGAGGGAGUAGUGUACCUCCUGACGCAGGACGAGGCGGGUACACGACUGGAACCUCGUACACGACAGUUCCGCACUCUUUAUCCUUGUCCACAUCCACUCCUCAGCAAAAUCAUGCUGUAGCUCCUCAAUCCCAGGUCCAAUCUCCGCACGGUUUGACCCAGAUGAUCGGCCAGGUUAUUCGGCUUCCAGACGGUCAACUUGCUCAGGUAUCCUUGGCUCCUUUUCAGUCCUCAGGUCAACAGCAACAGCAGCAGCAGCAACAGCAACAGCAACAACAACAACAACAACAACAACAACAACAACAACAACAGCAGCAGCAGCAACAGCUAUUUGAGUAA